AUAAUAUUUAAAUGUCUAAGUGUGUAAAUGGAUUGAAAAGUCGACUUACUGCCAUAAUUGGAGCUUAAUGGGGUGAUGAAGGUAAAGGAAAAUUAGUUGAUAUUUUGGCUGAGAAGUACGAUUUUUGUGCAAGAUUUAAUGGAGGAGCAAAUGCAGGACAUACAAUAGUUGUUGGUGGUGUAAAAUAUGCAUUUCAUUUAUUACCUUGUGGAAUCUUAUAUUAGACAUGUAUGAAUGUAAUUGGAAAUGGCGUUGUUGUUAAUAUUCCAACUAUGUUUGAAGGUAUCUUUUAUAUCUAAUUAAAGAACUGGCUUAAUUAGAUAAAAAUAAGGUUGAUUAUACUGGAAGACUUGUUAUUUCUAAUAGAGCUCAUCUUGUAGUUGAUGGAUUACUUGAGGCUGAUGCUAAAAGUGAGAGUGAUUCAAGAAGUAUAAUUAUAUUUCAUUUUUAGAAAAAUUUCUUGGUACUACUAAAAGAGGAAUAGGACCCACUUAUUCAGCAAAAGCAUUAAGAUAAGGAUUAAGAGUAGGAGAUUUAUUACUUUGGGAUACAUUUUUAUUAAAAUAUCAUGCAUUAAAUGCAAAACUUAGAGAAUAAGAGGGAAUUUAAAUAGACACUUAAAAAGAGAUUAACACACUUAAAGAAUAUAGAGAUAUAUUAGUUAAUAAAAAUAUGAUUGUUGAUACAAUCUCUUUAAUUUCUAACGCCAGAAAAGAUGGAAAAAGAAUCUUAGCAGAAGGAGCUAACGCUACAAUGUUAGAUAUAGAUUAUGGAACCUAUCCAUAUGUCACUUCAUCCAGUACAAAUGUUGGAGGAGUUUGCACAGGAUUAGGUAUACCUCCAUCUGCAAUUGAAACCGUUAUUGGAAUUGUUAAAGCUUAUACUACGAGAGUAGGAGAAGGACCUUUCCCUACAGAACUGACAAAUGAAACUGGAAAAUAUUUAUAAAAAACUGGCCAUGAAUUUGGUGCUACUACUGGAAGACCUCGUAGAUGUGGUUGGUUAGAUAUACCUAUUUUAAGAUAUUCAAUCCAAAUUAAUGGACAUUCAUCUAUUAAUCUUACUAAAUUAGAUAUCUUAACUGGUCUUGAGGAAAUUAAAAUCGGAGUUAAUUAUUUACUCAAUGGAAAAGUCAUUGAUUAUAUUCCUGCACAAUUAGAAGAUUUAGCCUAAGUUCAAGUUGAGUAUAUGACUUUGAAAGGAUGGAAAUAAGAUAUUUCUGAUUGCAAGAUAUUUUCCGAUUUACCAAUAGAAGCCUAAAACUAUGUUAAAAAAAUUGAAGAACUACUUGGAAUUCCUGUCUCAUGGAUAGGUAAUGGACCUCAAAGAGAAAAAAUUAUCUUAAAAGAUUGAGGUUACAAAUAAAUAAAAUCAUUAAUUAUUUCCUCAAUUUAUACUUUUUUUAUUACGUUAUAAAAAUCUAC